GUUGCGCAUUGCACCCUCUCGCUCGCUCUCUGCUCUUUUAUCCCGCUCUUACCCGCCUAGCCUCUCUGUCGCACAAUUUAGUCAGGCAGAAAAAUACCAUUAUUGCAUUGGCCAUUUGUAGACCAGCGCGGGGUUAAGCGUGGUCCGCGGGGGGUUAAGUAGAGGGUGGUGUGGGUGGUUUCAGUGGGUGGUGGGUUUUUGCGGACGGCGCCUUGGCAUGUUUGUUAAGUGAAACCAUUUUUCUUUUUAUUGCCACGGCUGCGCUGUCGACGUCGACGCUGCUGCCGCUGCUUCAGCGUCGUCUUCUUCUUCUUCUUCAGCUGGGCUCUGCCUUUUUUCGCUUUUCGUUUUGUUAUUUCUCGCUUUGGCGCACAUAAAUUUGAACGUUAAUGAUUUUUGCUUGCAGUCGCGCAUGCGACCCUAAAACAACAAGAACAACAACUACAACAACGGCAGCUGACCGUCAAGUGUUGAAAACGAGCUUGUUGUUGUUGUUGUUGCCGCUGCGGCGGCUUCAGUAGUUGUUGUUGCUGCUGCAGCAGCAGGUGUCGCCAUCUCACUUUUUAGCACAGACUCAAACCACGGGCAACCAACCAAUAUUGGUGACACUUUUUUCCUCAUUUUUCCCACUGACUGUAGUGUUGCCCCCAUCUCACAUACACACAUAUGCGCAUUUUUAUUAAACAAACACGAAGAAGACGAAAUGUACUCCAUAUUUUUCAUUUGAACGCGCCUGUCGCGCCAUCCCGCUCGCACCGACUUCGCGAUUGUCUCCACAAAACUCCACAACUUGCUGGCCGUAAUUUUAAUUCGAAUCAAUUUGUUUGUCGCCACCGCUGCACUGAGUUCAGACUUUUGCCCAGUGGGCCGCCGAUCCGCUCCACUGUGCACGAUACGUUCCACUGUGCAGCCAGGAUAGUCGCCUUUUUUUUCGUGUGUGUGUGUGUUUUAGUGCCUUUUGAAUUGAGUGCCAACAAAAAAUCGAAGUUAACCAAAAGAGCUUGCUGAUUAAAGCGAAGGUUGCAGUGACUUGAAGCGUCAUCACAUUGUGUGUUAAAUAGAAAACGUGUUAAUCGCAAAAGCUAGGACGAAAAUGGAUCAGCUAAUACAACAACUGCAGCAGGCAGCCGCUGCUCAGGGCCAAGGCCAACAUCCGCAUGGGUCAGUCGCUUUGCAACUUUUCGCGGCAGCAGCGGCCGUCAACAUGCACGUGUCCGGCUGGUCAUCCUUGCUCGGCCUGUCCAUGGACGCCCCAAAUCCGGAACUUAACCCCAAUUCCGUAACCAAUGCGUCCUCCUUGUAUAUGAUCCACCAAAUGGCGUUGAUACAGCAAGCCAGUGCAGCCGCCGCAGCGAUGGCAAUGUACCAGCAGCAGCAGCAGCACCGCCAGCAAGCUCAGCCGCAACAGGAGCCCCCGCAGCAGGAGCCCCCACAGCAAGAGCAGCCGCAGCAGCAGCCACAGCAGGCACAGCAAAGGGAUCUCAAUCGGGAGCUUGGCAUUGAUCCGAACAAUGAGCAGCCUAUUAAUUUGGGACCACUGUCGCCCGCCCACAACAACCGCGCGGGAUCUAGUCGCGAGAACAAUACAGAUCCGCUAAGCGAUAAUGGGGCCGAUUCCAAUCCGGGGCAGAAUGGUAGUGCAGAGUCCUCGAAGAAGCGUCGCGGCAGGACCAACUUCACUUCUUUUCAGCUCAGGGAGCUGGAGAGAGCCUUCCAGGACAAUCACUAUCCUGACAUUUACAUGCGGGAUGCCUUGGCCACCAGGCUCGAUCUAGUGGAGAGUCGCAUAGCGGUUUGGUGUCAAAAUAGGCGUGCCAGGUGGCGUAAGCGGGAGAAUACCAAGAAGGGUCCUGGAAGACCGGCUCAUAGUACCCAUCCCCAGAGCUGCAGUGGUAACCCCAUUCCACUUAGCGAACUUCGCGCCAAAGAACUAGCCCAGCGCAACAAGCUGAUGAAGAAAGCCAUCGAACGGCAGGCGAAGAAGCUACAGGACAAGGGACUCCCAGUGGACUAUGCCCGUCUGAAGGCCGAUUACAUAGCUGCCCACCAGAAGAACCGGGUGGAGGAUAAUAACUCGAUGGAUGAUGAUCUGCGCAUCGAUACGGUGGGCGAGGAACCGGAGUUCGUGACCGGCGACAGUCAGGACCUCUCGUUAUGCUCCUCCAGGAACUUCCAGUCGAGCACCAGCAGCGAAUUGGAUUCCGAGGAUAUGGAAGUCCAGGGAAUAGUGGAAGUUCCGCCGCCACCACAGCCACCGGUGCAGAGAAGGACCGUCGCCCACAAAUCGUCCUUCAGCAUCAAAUACCUGUUGGGAUCGUAACAAACAUCGUAUGUUGCACUACUAUGAUUUCGGGAGGUUAGCUAAGCAUUAGGUGCGAAUAUAAUCUGUUAACCCAAA